AUGGCAUCCCCCCAACCCCCGGCUGCCCCCACCAACGGUAGUUGCCCCCAGCAAGUUGACCCUCAGUCUUUUUCGACUAACCAGACUCCCGCCUCCUCUACAGGUGGAUACCAGGGCCAAACUGCUUCUCAGCAUUCCGAGAGCAAUACUGGCAAUUCCGAUGUUCCUAAGGACGAAGUUGGCUGGUAUUUCGUUGAGCAAUAUUAUACCACCCUAAACAAGACUCCCGAGCGUCUUCACGUGAGUUUGUUUAUAUCACUCCCCGAGCCGGAUGGAACUGAUGUUGCUAACUCUUUGCGCGUAGCUCUUUUACAACAAGACCUCUUCGUUUGUUUGGGGAACUGAGGGUGAAAACCUCCAGCUUGCUCAUGGCCGUAGUGUACGUUUUCUCCAUGCCGGCCUUUGAGUCAUGUGUUCUGUCCUGUUGGAGGCUAAUAAGGCUCUCAGGCCAUUCAAGAUAAGAUCGCCUCUUACGAAUUUAAGGACUGCAAGGUCCGUGUUUCGAAUGUGGACGCUCAGUCAUCGGCCGAUGACGGAAUUGUGAUCCAAGUUCUUGGCGAGAUGAGCAACAACGGUCUCCCGAAUCGCAAAUUCUCGCAGACUUUUUUCCUCGCCAAGCAACCCAAUGGGUACUAUGUUCUGAAUGAUAUAUUCCGUUACUUGAAGGAUGAUGAAGACACCGAGGGAGGCGAAUACGAUGAGCAUAUGGCCGAAGAAGUUGCUGAAGUAGCCGAGGUCGCAGAGGCUAUUACUGAAGAGGUUAUCGAAGCGAUAGAGGACCUGGGUUUGAAGGAAACCGCGACGACCGAGCUUGAGGUUCAGGAAAACAAGGUUGCUCUUGAGGAGAUAACCACGAUCGAACCGGCUUUGCCAAUUCCAGGGGCUCAGGGACUCCCGCCCCCAAUCAAUGGGGGCGCUAAUGGUUCUUCGAUUGAAGCGCCAGCAGAAGAACCCGAGGCUGAAGUUCAGCCGGAUCCCGAGCCAGAACCGGAGCCGGAGGCUGAAGAGCCCGCUGUUCCUCCAGCAGAGGUAGUUUCCGAGGAGCCCGCACCUCCGGUCAUUGAGGAGAUAAAGCCAGCCCCGGCUCUAGAAAAAGAACCCGAACGUAGGGCAAUUACACCCGUUCCACUUGCUCCUCCAGUCCCAACUGGCCCUCCGAAACCAACAACUUGGGCUAGUAUUAUCGCCAAAUCGGCAACCCCUGGUGCACCGCCGGCUGUCCCCCAGUCUAUUACACCUCCACAAGUCCAACAGGUCCAGCAGACACAACCGCCUCAGGCUCAAAAUUCUGCCACCCCUGCUACUUCGACUACUGCUUCGAGUGCAACCCCAAGCACCCCAACGACUCCUCGCGGUGGCUCCCAGUGGCACAUCACAGAGAGCAAGCGUCAUUCUAGGCCACCAUUUACAUCGACCGGUACUUCUGCCGGCCAAACAUCUGCAUACGUCAGGAAUGUCACCGAAGGCGUUUCGGAUCGGGCGUUGGAGGAUGCUUUGACUAAAUUCGGAGGGUUGGAGCGCUUUGAGGUCAAUAGAGCAAAGGUGAAGAUCUCUUUUUUUUUUUCCUCGUUUUAUCUUGGGCAGGUGACUGAUUUCGUCCCCAGAAUUGUGCUUUUGUUGAAUUCGAGACAUCGGCUGGAUUUACCGCUGCCAAUGCCAGCAAUCCUCACAAGAUUGGUGAUGCUAAUAUCUAUGUUGAGGAGCGUCGCCCUCGUGGCCCUCCUUCUGGCUCUGGGUAUUCAGGAGGCCGUGGUCCUUUUGGCAACAGAGACUCGCGCACAGGAGGGCAGGGUCGUGGAUUCUCGUCACGUGACGGUGCAAGAAGUGAGGGAAGAGGGUCUAGAGGUGGUGCUAGAGGUAACUACAAUCAGACACGAGGUGCUACCGGUAGACCAGGAAGCAGCACCCCCACUACCUCAAGCUAAAAGUUCUUUGUUUCUUUGAUAGUGGGAGCAAAGUAUGUUUUUUUCUAUCCCCUUGGACCACUGACGAGGUUGCUGAUAUUCGUGUCUAGGGAUUUGGUGUCUUGUUGGAUCUUAGCUUUCUUACAAGGAUCCGCACUCUUUGGAUCCUUUCGCAGUGACAGCUAACAUCGAACGUUUGGAUCCUAGGUUCUCUAUUUCUGCUAAUAUUUUAUUUCUAUACUCUCUUUUGUCCGCUUUCUUUUCCCUCCUUUUUCCUUUUUUUUUUUACCCUGGAGUGGGCAUAGUUUCUGUUACCAUGAUUCAUUUCACGAUUUUCGUAUUUCUCGGUUUAGUUUCGCUGUCCAUUCUUACCUCAUUAUCUCAUUAGUCUGGAACCAAUUCAUCCAGGCUAUACUAUGUCAUUGUAUUUUCUUUACCUCCGUACUUUAUCACGAUCAGGAGCGUAAAUUCCCAGUUCUUCUCUCUUCGUUUUUACUCUUGGGGUUUUCAGAUGCGGGGUUUGCAUAACUGGGGAAUGGGUCCUUGGAAAUGGGUAACGAGUUUUCUGGGAUUAUCGUUGAUGAGGUGAAAGAAGAAGAAAGUGGGGGGAAUUAUGAUUUCUAUCUGCUGUUAUCGGGAAAAUGGGAAAUGGAAAAGUAAUGAUUGUUAUUGUUCUUAUAUCUGCUGUCCACUUUCAAUUCGGCCUCCUCGCCUCCUCUAUCCAUACUUGCAUUUUUACUAUACGUGCGUUUGAAGCCUUUUCAUCAUAUUUUCUGCCUUUUAUAGCUCGUGCCCUCCGUUCCCACAUCAAAACUGCUUUCGCUUGUGUUCCCAAUCGCCCCGAUUUUGCUCCCUACCCCGGCUUACAUUUUCUCUUAUAUCUUCCUUCUUAUCCUUUUAUUUAUUUGUUUACUUUUUAUUCUUCCAUUGUGUGGAAAAAAUGCAUGGUCCGGUUGUUCUCUCGGUGUUUCGAUUCUGGGAGGUUCACCCCUCACCACUCGCCUAUGGUCGAUUUGGGGUUUCCCGGAUGAGCUCUUAUCAUGUAGUUCAUCGCAAUAGGAAGUCUACCAUAGUACCAUACUCGUGUCGUGCUUCAACGCAGGUGUACCAUAACUUAGUUAUUCAAGUUGGAGCGCAUGAUGAUACAAGCAAAACAGUCCCGACGGCCUUAUAGUGCUAUAUAGGGGAAGGGGCUUUCUCCUAAACGCCCAAUCGGAUCGAACGCCAGAGAUGACCUACAAUAUUAUACUUUGGAUAAGAAUAAAAAUAAGAAUAAAAAGCCAUGUGCGAUGAGCCAGUGGUUGUGCAGUGUGUAGUGACUUGGAUCGAUGCUCUUCUACCAGUAGAACCAUCGGAUGGUCGACCGUCCACUAACUCACCGUACGACACGAUGGUGGUGGUAGUGGAAACAGACAUAUUACCGGAAAACCCUGGAUCUUGCCAUCUCGUACAAAUCACACUCACAUUUUCUUUACAGUGAAUCCGGGAAAACUGAAUUCGAUUUAAGGCUGGUGCGGUUUCUUUGGUGC